CAUGGGCGAGCAACAACAUCUCAUGUCAGCCAUCGAGCUCGAUCCAGAAAACGCAUCACCGACAUCACUAUUCGCCAGACACAACCUCCUUUUUCAGAAGUUCGCUUUCCCAUCCAGAACAUCGGCGCUACAGACGACGAAGCGAAUCCUCCAUUUCUUGCUUCCUAGUUUCCUGCACUUUGCCUCGAACCAAUCCACAGACGCAAAGCCAGCAAAACCUCUCCAUCCCACAGCAUGGCUGGAUGGUAUGCGCGGCAUUGCUGCUUUACUGGUCUACGUCUACCAUCUCUCAUACUCAACCCAUGAUGUCGAUACCGCAUGGACGUACGACGGCAAACAAGGCUUUCUCCGCCUGCCUCUGAUUCGUUUCUUCCAUAAUGGCCCCUUCAUGGUCGCCAUCUUUNUUGUGCUUUCGGGGUAUGCGUUGAGCUAUAAGCCCGUCAAGCAAAUCAGAAAGGGGGAGAUGCAGCCGCUGCUGGAGGGGUUAACAUCAUCUGUGUUUCGACGGUGGAUGAGGUUGUAUCUUCCUUGCUUUGUGUCUACGAUGGUGAUUGUGAUCAUGCUAAGGCUGGGCAUGUAUGAUGCAACGAAGGAGAUUGCUAAUGACCAGGCAAGACUGCCUUUUCAUCGUGAGCGCCAUGCCGAGAGGUACGAGACACUAGGCCAACAACUGUGGGCAUGGNGCAAGCGCUUUUUCGCGUUUUCGAACCCGUUCAUCGCCAGGGAUAUGCCUAUCGAUCCGCACCUGUGGACCAUCUCCAUUGAAUACNUAUCACAGGGAUCUUCCAUCGUCUUGUAUGUCACUCAACUAGGCCUCUGCCGCCUGCGAACCAGAUACCGUCUUUUGAGUCUGCUAUGCCUGGUGUUUAUGGCCCACCAAGCCGAUCGUUGGCCAAUAAUUCUCUUCUACUCUGGCUUCCUCCUCGCCGAACUGGAUAUCCGGCGCAGCACACUUGCUUCCUCAAAGACCUUCACCAACACUCUCCCCACCAGUGUUUUCUGGUCAGCUAUUUAUGCCUUCAUCUUUGUUUGUGGACUUUACUUAGGAGGCCAACCGCAGAUAGCUGUCGACAAGGCACCCGGCUGGAUAAUACUAUACUCUCUCAUCCCCAACUUCAUCAGGGAUAAAUGGAGGUAUUGGGUCAAUUGGGCUGCUGUCCUGUUGGUUUGGGCGACGUCUAAUUCUGCUAUGCUUCAACGGAUCUUCACGAAUUGUGUUUCGCAGUACCUCGGCAGGAUCUCGUUUUCGCUAUACUUGUGUCACGGGGUGGUGAUUCAUACUUUGCACUAUAGCUUGAUGCCGGCUUUGUGGGAGAUUACGGGGAGAGACACGUUUGUGCAGCGCGAGACUGCGUUUGCGGUUUCGGCGACGGUGGUCACAAUUUUUCUCGUUUGGCUUUCUGAUUUGUUCAUGCGGGUGGUGGAUACGCCGUCAGUCAAAUUUGCCAGAUGGGUUGAAGGCAAGGCUAGAGCGAAGAUCCAAGUCGUAAAGGAGGAGCCCGCUUGGAUGGAGUCGAGUGCAAUAGUG